GAAAGCGGAAGUACACGAGCAGAGGAGGGACCAGAACCCAAGAGGGGCUCGGGAUUGCGGAAGUUUGGUGGGGAGGGUCGGACCGCUGGUGGAGCGCAGUGUUGUCUAAAACAAGUGCCGGAAGGGAGGCUGCGGGUCGCGGUCGGAGAACCACCGUCCUCCCUAGUUUGGUGACUGUUACCCCGGACGCGGUUCGACGUUGCUGCUGUUGGCUCUCCUCACCCCUCAUUCCCCCCGGGAACCGCCCGAGAACUCCGCUAUGGCAUCCACUUCGCCCAACCUCCAGAAAGCAAUUGAUCUGGCCAGCAAAGCAGCGCAAGAAGACAAGGCUGGGAACUACGAAGAAGCCUUGCAGCUCUACCAACAUGCUGUGCAGUAUUUUCUCCAUGUCGUUAAAUAUGAAGCACAGGGUGAUAAAGCCAAACAAAGUAUCAGGGCAAAGUGUACAGAAUAUCUUGAUAGAGCAGAAAAACUAAAGGAGUACCUGAAAAAUAAAGAAAAGAAAGCGCAGAAGCCAGUGAAAGAGGGACAGCCGAGUCCAGCGGAUGAGAAGGGGAAUGACAGUGAUGGGGAAGGAGAAUCUGAUGAUCCUGAAAAAAAGAAACUACAGAAUCAACUUCAAGGUGCCAUUGUUAUAGAACGACCAAAUGUGAAAUGGAGUGACGUUGCUGGACUUGAAGGAGCCAAAGAAGCACUUAAAGAAGCUGUGAUACUGCCUAUUAAAUUUCCUCAUCUUUUUACAGGCAAGAGAACACCUUGGAGGGGAAUCCUAUUAUUUGGGCCACCUGGAACAGGAAAGUCCUACUUAGCCAAAGCUGUAGCAACAGAAGCCAACAACUCAACAUUUUUUUCAAUAUCAUCCUCUGAUCUUGUUUCUAAGUGGCUAGGUGAAAGUGAAAAACUGGUUAAGAAUUUAUUCCAACUUGCCAGAGAGAACAAGCCCUCUAUUAUCUUCAUUGAUGAAAUUGAUUCUCUAUGUGGUUCAAGAAGUGAAAAUGAAAGUGAAGCUGCACGUAGAAUUAAGACGGAGUUCCUAGUGCAAAUGCAAGGGGUUGGUGUAGACAAUGAUGGAAUUUUGGUUCUGGGAGCUACAAAUAUACCCUGGGUUCUGGAUUCUGCCAUUAGGCGAAGAUUUGAGAAACGAAUUUAUAUUCCUUUGCCUGAACCCCAUGCCCGAGCAGCAAUGUUUAAACUGCACCUGGGGACCACUCAGAACAGUCUAACAGAAGCAGACUUUCGGGAACUCGGGAAGAAAACAGAUGGAUACUCAGGGGCAGAUAUAAGUAUCAUUGUACGUGAUGCACUUAUGCAGCCUGUUAGAAAAGUACAGUCAGCUACUCAUUUUAAAAAGGUUCGCGGACCUUCCCGAGCUGAUCCUAACUGUAUCGUAGAUGAUCUGCUAACACCUUGCUCUCCAGGUGACCCUGGUGCCAUUGAAAUGACAUGGAUGGAUGUUCCUGGAGAUAAACUUUUGGAGCCAGUUGUUUCCAUGUCGGAUAUGUUGCGGUCACUAUCUAACACAAAACCUACAGUCAAUGAACACGACUUGUUGAAAUUAAAGAAGUUUACAGAAGAUUUUGGUCAAGAAGGCUAACCCAAAGACAAGGAAGAUGCUUACCAUAUGUAUUCUUUCUUUCAUAGAUAUUUUUGUCUAUUUGAAUCACAUUCAGAUUGUUUCCAGUAAAACUCUUUUACCACAGGGAAAUACACAUCUCACUUCAGAGUUCCAUUAGGUUUUAUAUUGUACUAUUCCUCCAUUACUUAUUAAAUACUCCUAUUAACAAAAGGUACAAAGUAACAGGUUAUGAGGAAAUGAGCGAUAUAUAUGAAUGGCAAAAAAUAGAAAUUACCCAGUAAAAAGAAUGUCAGAAAUUGAUUGACAUACAAAUACUUAAAAUUUUUAUGUAUGGUGGUCUUUGCAAAGAGCAUUUAUCUUUUCUUUUUUUACUAAAAUGAUAUAGGGUUUAUUUUAUAUUUUCAAAAAAAUUCUUAAACUUCUUAUCAAUGUAAAAUUUGUUUACUUUAUUAAAAAAUUACAAAUGAUAGAAUCUUCACUCAGGGAUGGGCAAUAAACAGCAAAGAGCACUGUGAUUGGGUUUGAAAGAUUUUGAAUUAUAGACAGUGCUCUUAUUGGUUUUUAAUAAGUUGAUAUUUUUUUCUGUGUAGAUUUAAAUAAUUUCUUUAAAAGCAGUAAGCUUUGGAAUCCCAGCUACUUGGGAGGCUGAGGCAAGAGAAUCACUUGAACUGGGAGGUGAGGGUUGCAGUGAGCCGAGAUCUUGCCAUUGCACUCCAGCCUGGGUGACUGAGCAAAACUCCAUCUCAAAAAAAAAAAAAAAGUAGUACGCUUUUAUAUUUAAUUAAAUGAUACCUUUCACUGUGCAAUCUCAAGAGGAGGAUUUUCUAAAUUAGACAUUGUCUUUACCUUACUGAAGAAAAUUGUCUACUUCAGUGUCUUUUUGUAGCAAGAUUGACCAAAACAGGUGGUAAGUGUGUAAUUUUUAACUGUCAUGAAAUACUGUAAUGCAUACCUUUGCUAAUAAGGAAAUGGCCUCCCUUUGGAUUAUGGGAAGUUUCUUGUCUGUGAUAUGGGGUGUCUGUGUAUAUAUAUGUAUAUUUCUUUUUAAUACAGGAUAACAAUAUAGAGUCUUAUCCUUCACCUUUUAAGUUCAGGGAACAGCUUGUUCUGACCACACAUAUGUUAUCAUUGUAAUGCUUUAUGAAGCUUUAGAAAUGAGCUCAUGACUCAUUAAAAAAUAAUAAACAUGAUAUUAUUUUAAUAUCUUCAAAUAAAUGAUCUGAGGAUGUGUUUCACACUGUAGCAUCAGUGCUAAGUUGUGCCUUGUAGGUUUGCAUUGGCUAUACAAGCAAAAGAAUAUUAAGUUAGAAUGAAGUAGAUUCCUUAAUUACGAUGAAAUUCUAUCUUGCAGAUGCUAUAGAAUAACUUGCAUUUUAAAGUGUAUUUGCACAUUUUACAUAUGCUAUGUGGUUGCCUUUGGGUUUUCUGUACAGAUUGUUUUUGUUAUUCAAUGGAAAAGGCCUGAAUUAUGCUCUUCUUACGUGAAGUAAAUUGAUAUAACCUA